CAAACUGUUUCAUUUGUUUUCAUCCAGACGCUGAUGAACUGGACUGACGCUCAGAGCUACUGCAGACGGCACUACACAGACCUGGCCAGCGUCCGACACCCGCAGGAGAACGAGCAGAUAAGGCUGCAGAAGCCUGCAGGUGUUGUUCCCUGGAUCGGUCUUUACAGGGACACCUGGAAGUGGUCCAACGGGGGCAUGUACUUAUUUCACCACUGGGCUUCAGCAGAACCUGACGGUGGGAUUGAAAACUGCACAGCAGCAGAUUUCAGCCUCUCCGGUCGGUGGGAGGACUGGGGGUGUGGUUAUAAGAAGCCAUUUAUUUGCUACUCUGAUACGACAAAACAUGUGAUUAAAGUGAAGCUGGUGGGAAACUCUCUUCUGAAUGUGAACGAGCCGGAAGUCCAGGAGAAGCUGCUGGAGGAGCUCAAACAGAAGGUGGAGGAGCGAGUGGCGGCACAGGACCUGAGAGCAGACGUCAAGCUGAGCUGGAGGAAGCAGCCUGAUGGGACGACCUUCUACAAGGAGGAGCAACAAAAUUAAACCAAACUUCCUGGAGAUGCAGAGAUCCAAUUAAUGAACCAUAACAGAUCUUCAUUGAGUGCUAUAUUUGAGGGAGGAGGUCAAAGGUCAAGCGUUUAGGAAGGUGCUUAGAACAGAAAACAAAGAUCCUCACUGCAGGAAGGGAAGCUCCACUAACAGUCUUUGGUUUCCUCCUCAGGUUGAUCUUACCUCUGGUUCUAAAAGUUAUUAAUCUCCUUUAAAUCUGCAGCUUAAAUGUUAAAACCAUUUAGAUAUCUUUUUCUAUUUUACCAUUCAAUAAUAGGUCUAUAUUUCAGAGCGGGUGGUCUUUUAAAAUAGCUCAGAGUCUGUGUUGAUUCCUCUAUUUUUCUUCCUUUGGCACCUUCUUCUUUUUCAUUGACUAUUAGAGCUGAUGUAAUGAGUACAUUUCUGUUAGAUCAAUAAAGUCAAUCAAUCAAUCAAUCAUCCUGUUAGGCAGGUGUCUCCAGGAGUCUCUUUCUUCUGCUCUCCCACCUUGAUGCUCAGAUCGGUGGUGUUUGAUUUCAGCGGCUGGUCCAGCUUUCACCAACUGUUGCCUAGCAACCGUGACAGCAGACACACAAAGCAGGCAUCAACUUCAGCUUUUUA